AAGUAAUCAAACACGUCUAUUUAUUGUGUAUGUAUACAUAAAUGGGAAACCUAUACUGUAGUUUUGCUUUUAAGAAGGGUAGAAUACAUUGUGUGAUGUUCUAAUUUAACUAGAAAUGUAAUGGUGGAUUAAAACACUUCGACCGUUUCAAGCAGUUUUAUAUGAGCACCAAUCGGUUUCUUCACCAUGACGCGAUAUUUCAUUCUACUGGUCGCCACGACUCUCCUUCACGUUAUUCAAGCAAUGCGCGUGGAAAUAUCAGACUAUGCUAACCACCCGUGUAAGCGGAACUGCCUACAGACCCGACAUAUACCGAUGACAUGUGAAUACAAUUUCACGAUCGAACACUACCAGACGUUAUCACGGGCAUGUUUCAACUGUCCCUAUGACGCAGCGGACUGCUACCGGCCCCAUUGUAUCCCUGGAGAUGGGAACGUAAGGGCCGUCAAAGUCGUGAAUCGCAUGAUGCCAGGACCAGCACUUCAUGUAUGUCAAGGCGAUACAGUGGUAGUGAACGUUUAUAAUCAGCUCGGUGAUUUCGAGGGGACAACCAUACAUUGGCACGGUAUCCUCCAGGAAGGGACUCCGCACAUGGACGGAGUUGCCAUGGUUACGCAGUGUCCAAUUCCAACCCAUUCGUCUUUCCAAUACAAAUUUAAAGUGCCAACAACAGGCACCCACUAUUGGCACGCACACGCCGGGCUGCAGCGCGGGGACGGUAUUAACGGUGCCCUAGUCGUGAGGGACACAAGCCCCACCCCCGCUAUGACCCAUUACGACGAAGAUUUGCCGGAACAUACCGUUGUGAUGCAGGAUUGGCUGGACCAGUUCGCCUCUUCUAAGUUUUCUUUGCACCAUCACAGCAUGGGCCCUAAUACCCCCGCCUCCAUACUUAUAAAUGGUAUGGGGACAGCUUUCGGACUAAGCAAGACUAUGGACGGUGACCAUGCUAUGGACGGCAUGGACAUGGGGAAUAAAAUGACCAUGAAUAAUGAUACGGAUCAUCCAAUGGGUAACAUGGAGACCACACCCAUGACCACGUCAGGGAUGGAUAUGCAUGACAUGGGAGAUAACUCCUCAAGCAAGGAGGAGGACAAGAGUUUUGUCCCGCAUCAGCUGUUUAGCGUAACGCAUGGCAAGCGGUACCGUUUCCGACUGAUCAACAACGGGAUCCUCAACUGUCCGCUCAAAGUGUCGGUACAUGGCCAUAGUCUCAGAGUCAUUGCAACGGACGGAAAUGACAUUGAAGCCGUGGACGUCGAUAGUGUGACGUUGUUUGCGGGAGAAAGAUUCGAUGUCAUUCUCUCUGCCAACCAAACUCCGGGCAACUACUGGAUGCACGUAGUGGGGUUAGGUGACUGCGUGCGCAGUAUGACGUCACAGACGGCAAUCAUUCGAUACACGGGCCAGAUGGUCAUGAAGCCUCUGUCAGGCGACAGUUACGCCGAUGGGGAUAGAGGUGGAAAGAAUGCGAACCCCUUUGCAUUUGUCGGAGACACAAUCAGCGUUGCUCAGAUGACGUCAGCGAAAUCUGCAGAGGACGUGUACACGUCACACAACGUGAAGAAGUUUUAUGUUCAACUUGGUUACAACGAAGUUGAAAAUUACAGGUUCCUAGACUCUGUCCACUACCCUCUAUCCAUGAUGACGAUGAUGAACGCGGGUAUGGUACACGGGACCCACUUGAUGGCUCUGCAGAUGAACAAGAUCACCUACACCAUGCCGGAGUCCCCUGUCCUUACACAGUAUGGCGAGCUGAAAGAGGACGUGUUCUGCAAUGAAACCUCGAUCGGGAAAGACUGUACCCAGGAGUUCUGCGAGUGCGUCCACCGCCUGAAGGUUGCUGUUGGCGAUGUUGUUGAGCUUGUUCUGAUCAGCGACGGGAAAUACGGGAUGGGGAACCAUCCGAUGCACAUGCAUGGGUAUAGCUUCUAUGUGCUGGGUAUGGAGAGGUUGAAUGACACCGUAGACCGGUCUCUGAUUGAAGAACUGGACUCAAGAGGGAAGCUGAAUCGUAAUCUUCUGUACCCUGUACAGAAAGACACAGUCGUGGUGCCAGACGGAGGCUACACAAUUAUCAGAUUCAAGGCUGAUAACCCUGGUUUCUGGCUGUUCCAUUGUCACGUGGACUUCCACAUGCAACUCGGGUUGGCGAUGGUCAUACAGGUAGGGGAAUCUCAUGAAAUGGCGCCUCCUCCUCCAAACUUUCCACGCUGCGGGUCCUGGAGCUUCUCUCAAGCCGCCGGAAUUUCCGCAUACCAAUGCACAAACGCUGCCUCCGCAAUAUCGUCACGACCAAAUGGCGUCGUAAUGAUUCUGUUGUAUGCGUUUGCGAUUUUCAGAAUAUUUGUAAAAUGUUUAUGACUUAAAGAUACCUCUUGAAACACUGACUUACAUGUACAUAUGUUACGUGUAAAAUGAAGCUUUAAAAGUUUUCAUGCCUCAUUGACUUACAAUGUAUAGAUAUACUCUGAUAUCGAAACUUACAUUAAGGUAAGCCAUCCACCAUGGAUGCAGGAUGCAAAUAUGGUGCAUUUUAGAUAUUAACAACGAGGUUAAUCUAUGUUUAUUGUAUAAUGAUGAACUAUGUAAAAUAUAUACUAAUUUUGCAUUGAUUUCAUUUUUGAAUAGCACCAGAAUGACGCUACUAUUAUGAUAUGAAAUAUCAAAUGGAGGUUAUAAAAUAAAACUUUACUAUGCUUGAUUGCAUUUUUUAUUUAAACAAUCUUAAAUAACAUAACGUGUAUGUAAAGAAAGCUCUCGAUAAAACUUAAAAAGUUUGUUUCUUUAAAUUGUUACUUUACAUGUAACGUAUAUUUGUAAUAAUGUUGGAUGGAUUACCUUUAACCUUUGAUGAAUCUGUUUUACACCACAAAUUCUACGUAUCUUUUGAAGAUGGACUAUCACGAUGUUAACAUAAAAUUAAAAUGGGAAAGAAAGAUGAAAUAUGCGAUCUUGAAUGUUGACAAAUAUAAAUCCAAAUUUCUGAUCUAAAGAUUAUUAUGUGUCAUUUGAGAUUCUUCUUUCCGAAAGUGGGUAGAAAUAAUUGUAGGUGUCCGACCGUCAGCUCCGACCCCCACCAGUCCGGGAACUUUCCCAUGACUGCCAAAAAAUGUCACCACUACUGGUUUCUAUUCUAUCAGCUAUCAGCCUUCGUCACAAUUGAGUCAAAAGAAAUUAUGUUCAACUAAACUUAUUAUAGUUAAAAUCACUGAUUAAGCCUUUUUCUAUAUGUUUAAAGAAAUAUGUGUUCAGUAGAAAUCCUAACGUUUGUUGAAUUUCCACUUUUUAUAAAUGCAACUUAUCAUGAUUUUUUUCAAAAGUUAUUUAUCUGCUAGUUUAAUUGUUUGUGUUAUUAAAGGGACUAGACACCAGAUAUUCCCAAAAUCGACAAAUGCAGUAUUUCCUCUAAACAAGUCCAGAAUUGUUAAUGUGAACUAAUAUGAGACCGAUAAUACAUCACUUCACAUGAUUAAAAUAUUUUUUUGUCGCUGUUUUAGCUGAAUUUACCCGUUUAAAAAUAGCGCUUUAAAACGGUUCCCAGUUUACAGUGUGUAUAUGCAUGUAAAUGUCAUGUGAUAAGAACAGAAGCAUAUACCAACGCUAUUUUUUAAGUUUACUGGUCUCUCGUGGUAGACAUACCCAGUAAUUUGUGGAAUUGUAAAAGUACACAAAAACUGCUGCAAUUCUUGCAUUUGAAUCAUCUGGUGUCUAGUCCCUUUAAUGAAUGAUCGUGAACAUAAUUGUAUGGAAAUUUGUAUAAUAUUGCCUGAAAGCCAACGGAAAAUUUGUUGUUCAUGUUCUGUGUAUAACUCGUUUUGUUUAAUUAUUUGAAUUUCAACUAACAGUAAAAGCAUAAACAGUUACAGUACAUUCAAUAGAACAUCAAUAUCGUACAUUAUUUUUUGUUAUUAUAUAUUUUCGCUAACAAUAUUCGCAUCUUCAUAGAGUUUUUAACGCUUUACUUUUUAAGGAGUUGAGUUUCUCCGGAAAUUACUCUAAGAAUGUGCUAGGAAACUAGAAUGGAAUAAUAAUUAUUGUCAGAAUAUGUGGUUUGUUGCAUGUGAAAACACCUGACAUACAAAAGCAUACACUCGUACCGUACACUUGCAUGACAAAAUCAAACAGCAUGGAAAAGCAUUGCAUUUAUAAAAUGAUAUGAACGGUAAAAUGGUUCUUUAAAGGCCCAAUAUAUAGGAUAUGAGCAGUAAAAUGGUUCUUUAAAGGCCCAAUAUAUAGGAUAUGAGCAGUAAAAUGAUUCUUUAAAGGCCCAAUAAAUAGUUUGAUGCAUUAAUAUAUGAUCUAGGUACAGAUAAUUAAUAUUCCUUUGUUAAUAUUUUUGUUUUAUUUGAAGCUACGUAGCCACAAAUUCUACAGUCAAAAAAGCGCCACAAUAUCGCCAUGCUGUUUUUAUCUGUCUCUAAAUCAAGUGCAAUUUUUGUUUUGAUCAUUGGAGUCAAAUCAGUUCAACAGGAUAAUGCAUUAAAAUAAAAAUAAGUCAAGUUUUUUUAAUGUUUAUGUUUAACUGAAGUUGUUGUUAUUCUUUCAGUCAAACUGAAUUCGCUUUAUUAUAAAGAAAAAAAUAUGUAUUUUUGGAACUUAUAUUUACAAUUAUGUGCUUUAUGUAAACAAUGAUAACAUUCUGUUCCAUUCGAUAUGUGUUUGUUUUCUCCAUUUAAUGGCCAUUGAAUAAAUAAUACUCACUACUUU